AAAACGUGAAAUUAGAUAAAAUUCAAGAUUGUUUUGUGCUAGAAAACGUAGAGAAUUUGAUUCACGAUGACUGACGCUGAUAGCCAGUCGGCUGACGGCAGCAGCGCUUUGCUUGUGACUAGUGGUUCCGCAAAUGAAGAGGACGUGAAUAACAACAGUACUUCCGAGCAACAGUUGAAUACAUCCCGUGGCGAAGUACAAUUUUCUCGCAUACUCGAUGCUUCAGUCCCCCAAAUCUACCGGAGCGAGUAUCCGGUUACGCAGAUCAAUGGUUGCCGUCAGUAUGGCCCACCAAUGAACUGGACUGGACCGAUUCCUGGCUUCGGCUGUGAGAUCUACGUGAAGCGUAUCCCACCGGAUUUUACUGAAUCGGAAUUGGUACCGGUGUUUGAGCGUUUCGGUCGGCUGUAUGAGAUGCGGCUAAUGAUGGACUACAACAACCAAAAUCGCCGAUACUGUUUUGUGCGUUACACAACCGAAGAAGAUGCGAAAGUGGCAAUCGAAGUCCUGAAUCAUCAUUUUGUUAAGGAAGAUCAAAUGCUCGAAGUCCAAAAAUCUUUUGAAAAGUGUCGUCUAUUUGUGGGAAAUUUACCGAAAGAUCUUGAUCGUAAAACGAUCGAAAUUUCGUUCCGCUCACUUUUUCCGGAAAUGACUAGAUUUGUAAUGCAUAACCGAAUAGCUGACGGGGAAAAGAAUCGCGGUUUUGCCUUUAUGGACUUCCCGGAUCACGCGGCGGCUCUGCGAGCAAAAAAGGAAACCACUCCGGGUUGCAUGCGAAUGUGGGAUCGUGAUAUUAAGAUCGUCUGGGCCAACCCACAACGGUCGCUGGAUCACUCUGGGGUGGACGAAGUUAAGACACUGUUCGUACGAAACAUCGACCUAACGGUCAACUCGAAAGAUCUGUACGAUCUCUUCACCCGGGUGGUACCCCGGCAGGACAUUAUCAAGAUAUCCCGGGUGCGAGAGUUUGCAUUUGUUGAGCUUGCUUCGCGCGAGCAGGCAGAGCUGGUUAUGUAUGCUAUCCAGGGGUACACGCUGAAUAAGUUCUCGCUGGAUAUUGAGUGGGCUAUGCCACCACUUAGGAACUCGUUCCACAACAUGAAGAACUACGAUUUUGACUCGUUGCUACGCAUCAAGUGCAUCGCCAACGGUUGGGACCUACCUAUCAUACUGUACGGGCGUGUGUUUACGCUUAGCUGCCUGCAGUACGCAACGCUUAUUCUGCGCAAUAAAGGUCAAGUGCAUGUUUACUUUGUCGAAAUCUUCAUCACCGGAUUGGUCGACGUACAGAGCCGAAUCUGUGAAGCGAUCAUUUCUCUGAUUCUCGAAAGUGGAACGCUUCCGUUGCCGCAUCUGGUGCUUAAGUUGAAAAAUGAUUCGAUGAUGUUGGUUGGUUCAGUAUCAUCGUUGGCACAGCCAGUCAUGAAUCUAGCUCGCAAUGUGGACCAAUCGCAAAAAUUGUUCUGGAAUGAAAUAGUCGACUUAUGCGCGGCUGCUCAUAAGCUUACACAGUUUUCCUUCGACAAAUUAUACGCGCUCUAUCACCGAGAACUCGAAAAAGGUAUACCGUUUCCCUAUCUCGAGUCGAUCGUACUGAACGAUCGAAUCAUCGGCUGCCUUCAUCAGUCCUUUCGCUGUCGCCCAGCACUGAACCGGAAACUGGACGAUCGCGAAAUCAUUUUGGUUCUGUGUGAUCAGUAUACGCUAACGAACUACAAUUUCACCAAAAAGGAUAAUUACAUAGCCGAGCCACUGUCCAUGGUGGAUGCUAUCGGUCUGAGCACGAUUACCUACAAAAUACUACCCAUGUUGCCAUCCCGUUUCGUGCAGGCCAGCUGUGGACGAAAAAUCGAGGCUGUCUUUUUUGGCUUGAAUCCCUACUCGAACACAGAAGUUCCCGGCGGGUUAGCCUUGUGCAUGCCUAACCCCGACAAUAUGGUUCAAGUCAGAAAUGACUACCGCCAACCACCGCGUAGCUACUAUUCGCACCAGAGUCUGAACCUUCCUCCGGCGCUGAUGCCUCCGCAGCAUUCGCAUCCGUCGAUGUACGUACCACCGCUUCCACCACCACCACCUGGAUACUAUAACGAGGGCAAUCUGUUGGCCCAGGCAAUGCAACAGCUCGGAUUCACCCAGCAUCAAUUUGUGCCCCCGCAAACGUUCUUUGGACCACCGACAGCGAUGAGCGCUGGUCCACCACCGCCGCAGCUUAAUGGUCAUUUGAUGGCGCCACCGUAUUAUUUCUGAAAUUUAAAAGUUUAGACUAACUAGUGCGUAAGUGAAAAGCGACACUUAUGAUAAGGGUAAAGAUGCGACAUAUUUUUCGAAACAUUUUUUUCUAUGGCAAUGAAGUGCAUCAUGAAUUUUAUUUCUUUCUGACGAAUAUUGGCGAAUGGCAAGUUUUUAUUUGAAUGUGCUUAUGGUAGUGUUGACGUUUGUUUGAAUUAAUCUUUUAACGAUAAGACGAUACACGUGUAUUGAUUGAUACCUGAACAUUUGUU